UAGAAUAAUGUACAUUUAUGUUCUGCUCUUUCUCGUGACAUUUCUCCUCUACUGGUAUAUUGACAGAAGAAAAAGUUUCAGAGUUCUGACAGACUACGGGUAUAGGGUGCCUCCUGUAAACCUUCUAUUUGGAAACCUUCUUCAGCUUGUACAAGAUGAUCUGGGAACUAUGGAAAGAUGGAUGGAGGAAUAUGGGGAGGAAAUUGGUGAAAAGGGCGGGAAAAUCAUGGGCUGGUACAGAGGUCCAAGUCCCGCUAUCUGGACGACAAGUCCCGAGUUUCUAAAGGAAGUAUUUAUCAAGGAUGCAGAAACAUUUAUAGAUCGGCCUAUGCUAGAUCGAAGUGACAAUAUUCCACACUUGAUAAAUAUGAAGGUAAAUUUUUUUCUUAAGGUAUUGGUGCUACCGAAAAUAUUAAACCAGAAAUUGAAGUGGCAAAUGACGAUGUUUAAUGACAAGCUGUUGGACUACAGGGAGAAUGGUGAUCUGGAAAGGUUGGGAAGGUUCUGGUUGCAUGGAACCUGUAAACCAAAUGAACAGGAGAAACGAGCCUCUGAACCCCUCUCUGAAGCACAGUUUCUAUCUGCGUUCCUACUGCUUGUGUGUGGAAUUAUCACCUCUAUAUUCCUGCUUACUUGUGAACACAUUUACCUCAGAUAUUUUUCUCCGACGCUGAGAGAGAAAACGAUUUAUAACAGCUGGGUUUCUAUUUUUAACAAGGAUGGUGCGAGCCAGUCAAGAAAUCAACUAGUCAGAAAGUUAGCUUCUACUAAACUCUGCUCUACAAGGCGAACAUCAGUGCGUUCUUUUCUGGAUCUGGGAUAUGGUGACCAGAACUGUGGAGAAGAUGUUUGUAAAACAAAGCUCAGGAGGUUGAGAGGAGACCUAGACUGUGCUAGAGAUCAAAUUCGAAUGUUAGAAGAUCAGUUGAAUAAACACGGGAUUCCUCUCAGGAGAACUUCUAAAGAAAUUGCAGAGAAGGAGACAGUUCUGUAGAAACCUCAGUCCUUCAGAAACCCCAGUUCUUUAGAAACCGCAGUUCUUUAGAAACCUCAGUCCUUCAGAACCAACAGUUUCUUUAGAAACCUCAGUCCUUCAGAAACCACAGUUCUUUAGGAACCACAGUUCUCUGGAAACCACAGUUCUUUAGAAACCACAGUUCUUUAGAUACCAUUUUUCUUUAGAAACCUCAGUCCUUCAGAAACCCCAGUUCUUUAGAAACCGCAGUUCUAUAGAAACCCCAGUCCUUCAGAAACCACAGUUCUUUAGGAACCACAGUUCUCUAGAAACCACAGUUUUUUAGAAACCACAGUUCUUUAGAAGCCAUUUUUCUUUAGAAACCCGAGUUCUUCAGAAACCAUAGUCCUUUAGAAACCACAGUUCUUUAAAAGCCCUGGUCCUUUAGAAACCACUGUUCUCUAAAAACCACAGUUCUUUAGAAAUCCAUUUCUUUAGAAACCACCGUUCUUUAGAAACCACUUUUCUUUAGAAACCCGAGUUCUUCAGAAACCAUAGUCCUUUAGAAACCACAGUUCUUUAGAAACCACAGUUAUUUACAAAACCACAUUUCUUUAGAAACCACAGUUAUUUAGAAAUCACAGUUCUUUAGAAACCCAAGUUCUUUAAAAGUCACAUUUCUUUAGAAACCCCAGUUCUUUAGAAACCAUAGUCCUUUAGAAACCAAAGUUCUCUAGAAGUCAGAGUUCUUUAGAACCCACAGUCCUUUAGGUACCCCAUUUCUUUAGAACCCACACUCCUGUAGAAACCCCAGUUCUUUAGAAACCACAGUCCUUCAGAAACCCCAGUUCUUUAGAAACCGCAGUUCUUUAGAAACCUCAGUCCUUCAGAACCAACAGUUUCUUUAGAAACCUCAGUCCUUCAGAAACCCCAGUUCUUUAGAAACCGCAGUUCUUUAGAAACCCCAGUCCAUCAGAAACCACAGUUCUUUAGGAACCACAGUUCUCUAGAAACCACAGUUUUUAGAAACCACAGUACUUUAGAAGCCAUUUUUCUUUAGAAUCCCGAGUUCUUCAAAAACCAUAGUCCUUUAGAAACCACAGUUCUUUAAAAGCCCUAGUCCUUUAGAAACCACUGUUCUCUAGAAGCCACUGUUCUUUAGAAAUCCAUUUCUUUAGAAACCACCGUUCUUUAGAAACCACUUUUCUUUAGAAACCCGAGUUCUUCAGAAACCCGAGUUCUUCAGAAACCAUAGUCCUUUAGAAACCACAGUUCUUUAGAAACCCCAGUUAUUUACAAAACCACAUUUCUUUAGAAACCACAGUUAUUUAGAAAUCACAGUUCUGUAGAAACCCAAGUUCUUUAAAAAUCACAUUUCUUUAGAAACCCCAGUUCUUUAGAAACCAUAGUCCUUUAGAAACCAAAGUUCUCUAGAAGUCACAGUUCUUUAGAACUCACAGUCCUUUAGGUACCCCAUUUCUUUAGAAUCCACACUCCUGUAGAAACCCCAGUUCUUUAGAAACCCCAGUUCUUUAGAAACCAUCUUUCUUCAGAAACCACAUAAAAAAACAUAAAAAAACGACAAUAUCUUCCACUUUGUUGGUCAAGUAAAGAUUUAAAGGGUACCAAUGGGAAUCAAGCAUGUCCCUUUUUUAAUGGAGGUUCACUUGGAAUUACCUUAUUUUAACUAUUGUUUUCAUAAUAUUAAAAUGGAGAAAUCUCCACUAAUCAUGGACAUCCCUAAAUGCAUCAUAAACAUAAAAUGGAGUCAGAAUAAAUCUCUCUGUUCUCCAAUUUCCAACCUCCAUCUAGCUUAAUGUAAAAACUGGAGGUUUUCUGUCUCCAUCUUCACAAACCAGUGUUAACUUUGAAAUCCUUGAAAUUUAAAAUAUUUUGUCUAAAUUCUGACAUAUUUUCUCAUUUUAGGAAAUAUUUUAUAUUUUAAAAUGUAAGAUGUUUUCAAUAUUUGUUUUAAAGAUUAUUCAACCGGUAACAGUUUAAAAGGUGGUUUAAAAUAAUUUUGCUUGAAGAUAUCGGUUUCUAAAAUGGUUUUACAUAAUCCAUGUAUUUACUUUUUUUGACAUAAUCCAUGUAUUUAAUAUUUUUGACAAAAUUCGUGUAAACGUGAUCUAUAGUGCGAUACAUUGAGCAUAGCACUCAAUUAAUUAUGGAUAUUUUUAAAAAAUCUAUUAAUCAUAACAAAAAAAAAUUACUUUUUUUCAACGAAUUUUGAAAAAGUUUAUUGUAAAAAAUAGAUGUGACUGAGUGAAUAUGAAUUGAUGUGUAUCAAUUACUCUUGAUGUUUGUUACAUUUGUGAUAUGAUUUUACUAAAAAGGUGGAUAAUUGUACAUUGUAGAUGUGUAUGUACAAAACAUGUACAAUGUACGGCGUACAGAAACAACAAAUCAUGGUGCCCAUACAAAACGCAUUUUACAAUGCACAACAUAAAACUUUCUCUAUGUGAGUAGUGUUAUAAAACCAACAACUGCAUUUUUAAAGUUUAAAUUAUAUAUUCAAAAUUGGUUGAUGCACUGGCGUCGGGCGUUAUGAAUAUAUAUAGUAUUUGACAUCAUCAUAAUUUUCAAAUUUAAAAAUCUUGAAUCAAUUAAUUGGAAAAACUAUUUAAUACUAUAUAACUGUUGUGAAACUGAACACUCGCCACAAUCCAUAAUUGUCUGAUCCUAUAAAACGUUGCAACCUAAUGUAGUAGAAUAUUCUUAACUAUGAAUAUUUGCACAAUCAGGUUGCAAAGAGUUACGGAUUAGAGGAUUAGGUAGGGAGUGUUCAGUUCUUUUGUUAUCAUGUGUCAGUGUCGUACAAUAACAUAAUUUGGAAACUUUAAGAUUCAAAAUUUAAAUAAAAAAGAUAAAGGGCU